AUGGUUGGUAGCCUAACUGAAGGAUCGAUAAAUAGCUUCGAUGAACUCAAAACAAAGUUUUUAUCGCACUUCUGUCAACUAGAGAAGCAUAAAAAGACACAUGUGGCAGCCCAUAACAUCAAACAGCGAGAAAAUGAAACCUCUAGGGAUUUCAUAGAAAGGUUCAUUGUAGAGUCACAAGAGAUCACAGGAUUACCAGAGUCACAAGGGGUUUCUGGGCUCAUACAUGGCUGUCGGAAGAGGGAAUUAGUUGAAUGCUUAAACACAGACUUAGCAGAAACAUUUGAUGAAGCAAAGAAAAAAGCCCACAAAUUCCUAGACACAAAAGAAAUUAGAGCCAGCAAUGUGGAUCAGCAAGGAAGAUAUAGUUCGUAUAAUAGGGAGGAAAAAAGGAAAGAUUACAACAUAGUCUCACUCCCAGAGAUGACAAAAAGCCCAAAGGAAAUAUUGCUCACAGAGGCAGUAGGAAAAACAUUCCCCAUCCCAACAAAGUUGAGUGAAAGGGGAAGGAUGGAUAAGGACAAAUAUUGUGAUUUCCACAAUGAUACAUGGCACGAUACAAACUCAUGUAUACAACUGAGGAAAGCAAUUGAUGAAGCCAUCAAGACCGGUAAAUUGGCACAUCUGGUAAAAGGAAUCCGACAACAACCAAGACAAAAAGCAGAAGAGUCUAGGGAGCAGAAAAAUAGCAAUACCUAG